AUGGAUGAUCCCGAGAAUGAUAUUAGCUCCAGAAAUAUAAUUAGCAGGCAAAAGGAUAGAUUUGAUUCCAAGUAUAUUGGCGAUAAAAAUCAAGCAGAUGACAUUAAUACGAAGUUAGAUUCCGUCAUUAAAAAAUUCGAAAAUAAUAAUAUAGAUGAUCAAGUACUUCAUGAACUUCUGGAUAUCUACAGUUCAAAUAUAUUCCAUUUACAUAGAAAAUACGUUGAUAUUAUGCUAAACAUUGCUAGCCAAAAUGAAAGCAGCGAUAUCAUAGUUCAAAUCAUUAAGUAUAUUACAUUCUGCGAUAUUAGACUCAAAAUCAAAUCGUUUGGAAGAAAAGAAAUCGAUUUUAUACUUAAAAAUUUAGAAAAAGCUAAUUUCAUAGAAAUAUUAGCCUAUGUACUAACUUCAUCUCGCUCUGAUAUGCGAUACUUCUUUCAAAAUGAUUCUUUUAUCCCAUUUCUUGAAUUCAUAUCUUCAUCAAUUUGUCAAAACGCGCAAAAUUCAGUAUCAUGUUUUAAGUUCAUUGAAAUUGUUUGUCAAAACAAGCAGAUCGCGCUAAUUUUCCAAAAUUUAAUUGAAAUUUUACUUCAUGAUGAGUUCCAAGUCAAUGCAAGUAUGAAAAUGCAGACGAUCUAUACGUUUUAUUACUUUAAUCCGCUACUUUCUCAAAAGUUAUUACCAAAUGAGAUAUUACCAAAUUUAUUCUCUAUUAUCGAACAAAACAGCUGUAAUGAUGACUUUUUAGCAUCGUUUCUUAAGUUUUUAGUUAUUUUUAGUCGUAGUUAUGAGGAGAAACAAGAUUUUAUUGAAUCAGGAGCGUAUUCGUUUGUUUAUAGUAUCUAUGAACGCGUAGAUCAAGAAAAUAAGAAGAGAUUAGUUGAAAUUUUGAUUAAUUUACAAGGAGAAACGGAAAAGAUUGAUGAAUCACAUUUAUCAUUUUUAUUACAUUUGAUAUCAACAGUAAUGCAAUCGAAUAUUGUCUUGCAAUCAUUAAUAAUUCGUCUUUUCUCAAAGGAGCUGACAUUUCUCGGAUCUAACUCAAUUAAUUAUUUGAAUCAGUCAUCAUAUAUUGAAAUCAUUACGCAAACGAUUCCAUAUUUAGGAAAACGCACAAAGAAAGCAAUAUUGAAAGCUUUAGACUAUUGUAAUAUUGUAGGGAAGGCUCAUGGAUUUGAUUUAUUUUCUAUAUUGAGAAAUAAUGAUGGGUUUUUAAGUUAUAUUGAAGAAGAUGAAAUUUUUACUCCAUUAUCUAUUCAAUUGACAAAUGAAAAUCAAAAUGAUAACAUAAUGGAUUCAAAAACGCAAAAUGAUGACGAAUCAUUUUAUUCUUACUCUUAUUCAGAUGAUUAUUAUUCGUAUUGCAGCGAAUACUCAGACGAUGAAAAUUCUGAACAAUAG